GGCUUUUUCCUGUUGCUGCUUCUUCUGUUACCCCUACGAUGACAUGAUGCCGAUCAAAAUACCUUCUUUCUAGCCUUUUCGCGCAACGCUGUUGGUGGUUUACCCUGGGGGGUUCUGUGGGAUUUUCUGUUCCGUCGUUUGAUUUGCACGUGAGGAUUGGUUUGUUUUAUGUGAUUAUGAGCAAUGGGACGGUUUGGGUGGCAUGGUCUGGGGCGGUUAUCUGAGAACUUCAUUGUGUAUUGCUGCUCAUUCAUUGCUUGCUUGCCACUAUCAUAUCCUUUAGUGUUACAUAUGGGAGAAACCACGGGUUACUGGUGUACAUGGAAACUUACUUGCGCGAAUGGCCCCUGGGUCGGUGUGAUGCGAUGGGGGGGCGGUUUUCACAAGCUCCCCCUGCUUUCGUUCAGCCUGGAUUUUUCAUUUUUAUUGAUUAUUUCUUUCAUUUUGGUUGGGACAUGGGAUGUCUAAUGCAUGUGGAGCGCUGGUGAUAUCAUCACUCUCAGGGUAUCGGUGGACGGCCUUCU